AACACGCAGUCUUGUCUGGGUCGCGAAGGGGAGUGAACGUGCGAUGGUUUGCAGAUAACAGUGUCAUUAUUUACAGUGUUUUUGUCUUUUUUUUUUUUUUUACUCCCAGUGUCCUCUUCAGCUUUUUUGAGAUAAGCCCGGUAGAAGAAACUUUGGAUCGAUGCUGCAGCUAGCAAGAAGAUAUUAUGUCAGUUGGAAGUGAAAACUAUCAACUUGUCUGGAGCGAGGACCCAGGACCUGAGGCCUCCAGGGGGCCACUCAUGGGGGGCCGCUGGGGUUGCUCUUCUCCCUUGAGCAUGCUGCGGCGGGUGGCCCCCAUCAUCAUUUUGGCUUCACUCCUUGUCUGUCUGUUCCUCUACUACACCUCACCUCUGGGAGCGACGACUCUGUAUGCACCAUCAGCAGCAUCUGAGACCACUGGACUUGAUUCCGCCACAACAGAAGUUUACCGCAAACGCCUUCGUUUUCGAGGAACCCAGCGGAGGCUGCCCCAAGCCCUGAUCAUUGGAGUGCGGAAAUGUGGAACUCGGGCCCUACUGGAGAUGCUCAAUUUGCACCCAUAUAUCCAAAAGAAUGGAGCUGAGAUGCACUUCUUCGACGAUGACGAGCGUUACGCUAAUGGCAUUGAAUGGUACCGGAAAAAGAUGCCAUACUCUUUUGAUAAUCAAAUCACAAUGGAGAAGACACCAUCCUACUUCAUCUCCCGUGAAGCACCGGCAAGAAUCCACGCCAUGAACACCUCGACCCGGCUCCUACUCAUCGUCAGGGAGCCAGCUGACCGUGUGCUCUCAGAUUACACCCAGAUUAUGGAGUCUAAACUGAGGAAAGGGAUCCAGAUUGCGCCGUUCCAUGAGAAGAUCCUGACGCCGGAUGGAGAGAUUGAUGAGACGUACAAGGCCAUCAAAAUAAGUCAAUAUGCAAUACAUGUCUUGCGGUGGCUGAAUGUUUUUCCUCGAGAUCAGAUACACAUCGUUGAUGGAGAUAAAUUAAUAGCCGAUCCUUUUUCGGAGAUAGACAAGGUACAACGGUUCCUGAGGCUUCCUCUCCACAUCACAGCGGAGAAUUUUUACUUCAAUGAAACAAAGGGCUUUUACUGCAUGCGUAAUGAGACUUUUCAGAAGUGCUUAGCUGACUCAAAAGGGAGGAGUCAUCCCUUUGUUGAUCCAGCUCUGAUGUCUAAAUUACGCAAGUUCUUUGCUCCUUUCAACGAGCAGUUUUAUGAAAUGGUUGGACAGAACUUCAGCUGGCCUACCUCGUAAUCACGCUUCGUAAAAGGCAAAAAACAGUAAAGUAAUUGGCAAAUGUUGUUCAUAAAUACUCGAGCAGCUUCAGGUGCAUAUGUACAAUUAUAGGGUAGUACAUUUAGUUACUUAUGAUGGUAUAAUGGUAUGGGACUGUUGAUAUAGUUUAUUUUUUAUUCAUCCAGGCAUGAAUGCUUCAAUAAUGAUGAGUGUUUGUUUUAUAUAAAGGAAAAUAUUUUCCUAACAAAUGUGUAGAUGUGUUUGCAAGACAAAAAACAAAAAAUGAACAAAAAAAAUGCUAGAUUGAAAUUACAAUAUGUUGCUCUAUAGUGCUCUGAGCCUUAGAAGAUUAUUUUUAUCAUGGUAAUUAGCUCUUACAAAGAGAAGAUAGGUUUCUUUCUUGUCUUCACAGGGUUUAUAAUAUGGCUGCUGUAAAGUCUUAUAAAAGACAGAAACAUUCUGUGAAAGGUGAAUUUGAGAGCUUUUGGGGUGUUUCGGACAUGUUGGAAGUUUCCAAAGCUCAUUCCUAAGCUUUAAUGGUUGCUUUAUUUAUAUUUAAAUGUAAAACCUCAGGAAGCAAGCAUUUAUGAAGGUGACGGGAAUGGUCCUGAUCCUGAGAACUGAUCACUCCGAGUAAGUUCAGUCCAAGCUCAAAGAGAGAAAGAGGAAGCAAAUGAAAGAUUAAAAAAAAGGAAUAGAAACAAAUAACAAGGAAGAAAGAAAGCUCUAGUCUGUUCUCAAAAUUUCCUAUUUGCCAUUUUAGCUGAGCCAAAACACGGCCCAGCUUGAGUCGUGGGAGAUGUUGUUUUUGUCACUGUUAUAGCCUUCUCUUCAGGGACAUAUGAUGAGAGUCCAUCUGGAUGAAGUCCAGCAAUAAGUGGAAGGGAAGCCAAUGAGUCAGAAAAGAUAAGGCUUCUGCUUUGUGACGGCAUUAAAGUCUCAAGUCAUUCUUUCAUCAGUCCUUUUGGUAGUGGGAAGAAACCAAAUGAAAACAAAUGUAUAUAUGAAAAAUAAGAGAAAAAGGAAAAAACAAACAAAUCUUCGGAGCAGAUGCGAACCUCAUCAUGUGUCCAUGUACAAGUGGCACUUAGCAACGAGUCUGUCCAGUCCUGCACUUAGCGUGAGGGGGCCUUUACCACCCCUCCCGCCUCUAUUUGCACUAAUGUUGAUGUAAUGUUAGGUAUUCUUUAGCUUUGUGGUUGCCUGCUAUCAUUCAGGUGUCAUAUUUUGCUCAUUUUUGUUAAAGGGAGACCAGUUUUCCUAAUUACAAUAUGCAUGUAUGCAACUAGUCUUUUUUUCAUCUUGUGAUGAUUGAGUGAAUGAAUGAAUGAAUGAAUUGUUUGUCUGUCAGACAUGAUAUUCUUUAGCUAAGUAUAGGGAGGGAUGGUAUACACAGCAGGGGAUCUUUUUUAAGCUCUAACAAGAGAGAUUGUUAUUCUAGGCCAUUUUAUUGUUUUUAUUCAAACACGUUUAGGCUUUAGUGGAUUGAAAGGGAAGAGAUAAUUUUGUUUUUCCUUUAAAGAUCAUGACAUAAAAAAAUGUUUCAGUAUAUCUAUAUUGAUUUCAUAGGAACAUUUAAAGCACCAGUUAAAAUUCAAAUUCAGAAUGGGAAUGAACACUGAUAUGGUCCUGAAAGGGAUUCAGUUUAUGAAUGCAUUUUAAAUCAUCCCAAGGUUGUAGAUAAUUUUUUUCAGCAUGUCAAGCAUUAAUUGAGAUUCAGCUCUCAGUUUUAUGAGCAAAAAUUAUCAAUGUAUGUUACUUCAUACUGAUUUUUGAACCUGUUCAGCAAGGUGGGUAGUUGUAAAGUUUUUUUUUUCAUAGCGCAAUGAAUCUUGGGGGAUACAUGGAUAUGCUCAGAGAAUGAAUUAUAACAUUAUUACUCUUUUUCAUUUUUGUUAUUAUUAUUUUGUGGGUGCCUGUGUGUGUGUGUGCAAAAUGCAUGCCUUGUGUAUGUGAAUGUAACUGAGUGAGCAGGUGUGUGUUUGCCUAUGUGUAUGUUGGUAGGGCUUAGGAUAGGAUAAUCAUUAAAUUAACAUCAGUUUUGAAUGGGUUCCUUUGUGAAAAUAACACUAGAACACCAGUGGAAAUCUUUAUUUUAGAAAUUGGAAAGUAAUGUUCAAGAAAGUAUGCAUGUGUGUGGAUGGUAGAUGCAGAUGUCUUGUAUACAUGCAUUAAUCUAUUUACUUCAUCUCUAACAAACAAUUGCUCUUUGGAUAUGGUUAAAGAGCAUUUUGGAAGAUGUUCUUUUUUGCAUAGUUUCACUUACUCUAUUGGUCUCUUCUUGACAAACAUUCCAUUGACAGCAAAGUAUAAAACCAUGAAGCACAUUUGAUGUUCUCUGUAGAGAAUAUUUUUUUUCAUAUUGAAAAAAAACAAAAAAAAGUGUAGAAUAAAUAUUGAUGUUGCAUAUGGUAAUGGAUAUUUAAUACAUUUAACUUCAGUUUUAUGAAGGUUACUUGUUUUUGAAUAUAUUUUAUUUGGUAAUUGAAAUAUGUAACAUAUAGGUAGUUUGCAUACUUUCAUAAUUUUUAUUUCAAUAUUACAGUUGUGGGGAAGCUUCCAAGUAAUUUUGAACAAAAGACGUGGCAGAAUUUAAAUCAAUACCAGUCUUGAAAAGGUGUCAGGUAAAAUCCUUUUUUUUUUCUUCUUUUUUUAAUGCAGUGUACAUCUACUGUAUUGUUGUUACUGUGUUGUUAAAAGUGGUUCCUAGGAAUGUCAAAUGAUGAUAAUGAUGAUGCAGAAUUAUUAUCUUCAAUUUGUACCUUCCACACAUGCUCAACCCCAGACAAAUCUUGACUCGUGCGGGGUUGGAAGCACAGGAAAUUCGAUAGCACCUGGAUGACUGAUUCAUAAUUGUGGUUAGAUUUUUCAGUGGUAUAUGUGUGGUUGAAUAUCUCAUGUCGCUUUCGGAAUUUUUGGUGUUCUUUUUGUAUGGCAUAUAUACCAUUACGGAUGUUUUUGCACAUCUUGAGUCUUUGGAAAUAACUAGUAUCUCUUCCUCCUCCUUGAGAAUCUGUUCACAAGUCAGUAAUAAGUCUCUACCUUUUACUGUUGAUAAAGAUAUGAAAGUAAAUUAAAGAAUCACCUCAGAUGGGUGCCAAAAAUACAUUCUUGUUUUUGUAUAUAAACUCAGGACUUGGUAAUGUCUGCAGUAAAAAUUACCAUAGGUAAUGUGUAAUAGGUUGUUUGAAUAAUGUUUAAAGCAACAUUGUACGAAGAGCAGAAUUUGGUAUAGGUGCCACUUAAUGACAGAAUCCAUUAACAUUUUUGAUGGAUUUUGCAGUUUUGCACAUGAAGUUCUUUUGACAUAAAAGCUCUUGAGUAAGAGGGGUCACGUUUGUCAAUUUAAAAAAAGUCGUUUUGGAUAUAGUGUUAACUUAGCUUUGUUUUUCUUCCCAACAAAUUCGGAAAAUGAGAGUAGCCUUAUCUAACUCUGAAGAUUUGAUUAAGUAUUUCUUGGUAUUUUUGCAUCUCUCGAAUGCAAGUCAUCAUAUACAAAGCCAUACUUACUGUUUGUAUGUGAAUGUCCAAAAAUUAUUGGCUCGAUUUAUUUAUUUAUUUUUUAUUUUUAUUUUUUUUCUCCCUGUGGAAAAUCAAAGUUUGGGGAAAAUUAGUUGUACCCAUAAGAGCAGUAGGCCAGGAAAUUACUAUUAGCAAUUAGAAAUCAGUUGUUUUUUUACCGUCUUUCAUACUUUUGUGAGUCGGCUAAUUACUGUACAUGAAAGCAUCAUUGGCGACAUGGCUGUCUUGCAACUAAUUAUUAUUUUUUUCGAUGCUAGUAUUUUGCAACUGCUUUCUGGCAAUACCUUCAUUCACCUAACAGGCAUUUGCAUUAGGGUCUUGCUAGAGAGCAGGUGUGCUGAAAUGCCAGUUCCGUCUUAUGGGUACAUAUGGCAACAGUGACUUCUUAACCUUUAUUUGCUAUGUUACUAUUGGUUGUUUAUAAAAUGUUUACAUACUAGUCAUAUUUACAUGAAAGUAUAUAUAUAUCCAGCAUUUGCUUUUACUCCCCCUAUUUGAAUGUCUAAAGAACUUCACAGGCAGUUUUCUUGAAAUACAAGCAAAUGAAUUUUGAGAGUGAGAGGGUUCAUGAGUAUUGUUUGUACAGGAAUUGUUCAUACAUGGAUUUAAAGUUUGUAUAAGGGUCUUCAAUCUACGUUUAAUUUUUAUACUCCAAAAUAGGCAGUAUGGGUGACUUUGUAGAACGGAACGUUUCAAAAAAGCAGUAUUUUGUUCAGCCUGCUGUUUAUCUAAUUAUAAAACUAAUCGACCGAUUUACAAUCAUGAGGUACCAAUAUUUAUCUCUCUUAGUCCCCUGUACAUGUGCCAAAGCUCUUUGAAAUUGGGUUUAAUCCACUGAAAAGUGCUAGAGGAAGAACCAGUGGUCCCCUUACAUUAUUACAUAAGGUGUCUUAGAGAAAAAUUUUAAUUACUUCAAUUUACUGUGAACACAAGUUACAUUUUACGUGACUUUGAUUUUUUAUGUACAUUUCCAGUAGCAUUUUCUUAUUGUCAGUAUCAACUGAAAAGAAAGGGAAGAGAAAACAACCACAGAAAAUAUUUGGUGCCCAUCAUAAGACAAUUUAUUUGUCUUAGUGAACAGAAACAUAAGAUUAAAUUUACAGAAUAUGAAUAGUGAUAAGGAAUUUAAGGCAUGUUGAAAUAACAGAUGUAGUAAAUAACUUUUUUCUUGGAUUUUUUGUAAUCUUUUCUUAACAGUCUUUUGUCCCAUUGUUUGAGUCUUUUUUGUGGCACAGUUAAAGGUAUUUUCAUCUUGGACCAAAAUACAAUAAAAAUGAAAGUGAUAAAAAUAGUUAUGAAAUGUGCAAUGAUAAUCCAUUGAAGACAGGAAGGACAAUUUGUCUAUUUUUAUGUCUUAGAUUUGUCGUGUAUACUGUGUAUAUGUUUUUAUAUUAAAUAAUUAUAUUUUAGUACAGAAAGUUGCAGUUACAUAUAUAUAUACUGUGUAUAUAUUCCUUUUUUGAGGUGAUGAUUAUGAGGGAAAAGUGGGUCCAUAUGUGCUUAAAUACAUGAAACACAUUCACAAACACACAUUAGAAGACUUUCAUUCUUGUUAUCACAAACCAAGAUAAACAAAGUAAAACAAAAAUAUCAAUAAAAACAUAAACAGUCCCAGACAAAGUCAAGGUGUCAUACACAGUCACACAUGCAUUAUCACAGUCACAUACACACACAUACUGAUACACACACACAUUCUCUCUCAUCUUUCUUAUAUCUCUCAGUGUUUCAUCUCUGACACUCACACAUGCACAUGCACAAACAGAUGCAAUAGAUAUUGUUUACAGGCAGCUGAAAAGGUCAACCCAACUCCAGGAAUCAAGGAAACCAAAGCAUAUUAUUCCUUUAUUUAUAAUUAAUACGUAUUUCAUAAAGAGUAAAUUGAACUUCACAGGUCCCGUGUUUUGGUCUCUUGUUGUUCAUGAUUUGUAAAUAUUCUCGUGUGAAAAUAAGAUGUUAAUAGAAAUAAUGAAAAUAAUAGUGACAAUGAUAAUACAAUAGUCAUAAUGCAUAAUGUUUUCUGUUUCUAUAUCAUGGUGCUUGUGAAAUAAAGAUUGUUCAUGAAGUGUGGAUGUUGUACUCUCUUUUAUCUGCCAAAGGUAAUAAUGUCUUUGUGUGUAUCUGUGCACAUGUACAUGCAUGCAUAUUUACUCUUCAUCUUGCAAUAUUCUGCAGCUAUGCAUAAAUGUUAGUAGGAUUUUUUUUUUCUUUUUUUGUUACAAAUUUAAUGUCAUCUGAUUUUUUUUCAUGUCCUGUUGAAAUGUAAUCUAAUGGGUUUCCUAAUAUGUUGAGGGAACAUAUUAAGCUUGGUUAUUGGCAGCAUUGAAUGGCUUGUGUUAUUUAUGGUAGUUAAUUAGGGAUCUUCAACUACGGUGUUAUAUUAUUAUAUAUAUUUUUUAUAAUUAAAUGGAGGCUUAUAGAUCUCAUUGUGGAAUAGUAUGGAAAGUGGAGGCUAGCCAGCAUGCAAAUCUUAGGUGUUAUAGCAAAUUUCUUAAUUGGAUGAGAGCUUUUGAAAGGAAUCUUUGACCAAAAAAAGAGGUUAUUGUUACCAGCAUACAUCUGCAAGUUUCCACAUGUAGAGAUAAUGAUUUUUUUUCCUAAGAAUGUGAGAUUCUGCAUAAUGAAUUUUAAGGGUUUUGUCAUUGGAUUGAAGAGCUCCUUAUGUUGGCUAUAUUUCUUUAGAUGUAUUUAUAAAGGUUAUCUUGAUUCUAUAAAUGUUUUGGUCAGUGAAAGAUGUGUGAAUGUGCAGUCUUAUCUUCUGACAGUGUUCAGAUGAAAAACAAUGCAUAAUUGAUAAACAUUGCAAAAACAUGCAUAAAAUUAUACAUUCAAGAGCCCAACUUAUUUUUUGUAGAUAUGAAAACUGCCAGUUCACUUUUUUGCAAAGAAAAAAAAGAAUAGACAUGCAGACAGUAGUAUAGGAUGUUGCCUUAUGUAUUUUGAGAUGAUAAUACAGUGCAAGUGAAUAAAGCAAAUGAAGUUUCCCCCACCAUAUUUUAUUUUAAUAUAUAUAUAUAUGUUUUAUUUAUUAUAAAUAAAAACAGCAUGAUGUAAGUUCUUGUAAGCUUUAGAUGUGAAAUAAGAAAGUGUAUUUAGAAAAAAUAAGUUGAAUAAUUUUUAAAAACUUAACUAGUCUAUAACAUGGAAAAAACUAUUCAUCAAGACUGUAAAUUGUACAAUACUGGGGAAGAAACAGCAACAGGUAAAUAGAAGCUAUUUUAUAAACCUGUUAAAUGAAUGGAUAAUCGUUCUAAUCUUUCGUUUGAAAAUUACUCUUUCAGAGCUGCUAUUAACCCGAGCAUUUAAACCGGUAGACAGUUUUAAAUAAUCAGUCAGUCUGUGGUUUCUGAAAAAAAGCAAUCUUCCCUUGUUUUCUUUAUCAAGAAAAAUGGAUUUGGUUCAUUCUUUCAGUUUUUGAAAGCCAUUUUCUCAGGUCUUUUAAUCUGCCAAACUAAUUGUAAAUGAGAAGUAAAGACGGUCACACUGGGGAAGCAUAACAUUUAUUGGUGCAUGUUUAAGCCUUACAGUUGAAAUAUCUUUUAUAAUGGUUAUUUACUCCUAUAUGCAUUUCAUUACAUUUAUUUUGAUAACUUUGUGACACUAUUUAUGUAAAAUAUAGGAACUGUUUUUUAAGACUAUAAAAUUGCAAUAUGAUAAUUUUAGUUUAUUUGAACUUAGGCCACUGAAUGUUAAUGAUACCUAAAUUAA